CGUGGCCACUGAAUUUGUUUUUUCGUUGGACGGCUUAGGAUGUGUCUUCUUCUAUACUUUUCCUGUCCAUUCCUGAUCCUAAAAACACAAUAUCGAGUAAAUCGUAGUAUGGAAGGAUGCGUCCGGAAGAACGGGUCGCUUGGCACACGCAGCGACCAAAUCGGAUCCUUGGGGAGAACUGGACCCAACGAUGAAUGAUCUCACCAUUUGGUUGGAUCAGUGAACUACUCCUUGUCGCGUUGAUUCAUUCCGUUAGUCAAUCAUCUUAUCAGCCUUAUCUCUCUCGGCAAUUGGAAACUCAUGAUACAUCGUCCAUCCGCUGCCUUUUUCCUCUUCUCUUUUUCUGUCUCUCUCCCCGCAAUUUACCCCCAUUCAAUGCAUCUUGCGUCCCUUUGUUGGAUUCUUUAAUUUCUGAAUAUAGAGAUUAUAUCCCUGUAUAGCGGGGUGUUGUUGGAGGAUGCAUCUAAUCCCUAAAGAGCUGGACAAGCUCACCAUUUCCCACCUGGGAUUUCUGGCGCAACGUCGUCUCGCUCGUGGUGUGCGACUCAAUCACGCAGAGACUGUGGCUUUGAUCGCCUCCAACUUGCAAGAGCUUAUCCGCGAUGGUAACCAUUCCGUGGCCGACCUCAUGUCCAUCGGCAAAACCAUGCUCGGCCGUCGCCAUGUCUUGCCCUCCGUCACGGCCACCCUCUCCGAAAUACAGGUCGAAGGAACCUUUCCCACCGGAACCUACCUCGUCACCGUCCAGCACCCGGUCAGUAGCAAUGAAGGCGAUCUUGAAAAGGCCCUGUACGGGAGCUUCCUCCCCAUCCCCCCGGCAGAUGCCUUCCCCGACCCGGAUCCCGACGACUACCACCCCGAGAAUAUACCCGGGGUCAUUCUCCCCGGCAAACACGAUCGCAUCACGCUGAACGAGGGCCGUCGGCGGAUCAAGCUCAAGGUCAUGAGCAAGGGCGAUCGGCCAAUCCAGGUCGGAUCGCACUACCACUUCAUCGAGGUGAACCCCCAGCUGCACUUCGAUCGUCUGCGCGCAUAUGGCUUCCGCUUGGAUAUUCCGGCGGGCACCUCCGUGCGGUUCGAGCCGGGUGACACCAAGACCGUCACCCUCGUCGAGAUCGGCGGCCACCAGAUCAUCCGCGGUGGCAAUCUCAUCGCCUCCGGCAAGGUCGACAUCAGUCGCGCCGAAGAGAUCAUGUCCCGCCUGCAGGUCCAAGGAUUCGCCCAUGUCCCCGAGCCGACGGCGGAUGCGGCCCUGGUGUCCGCGUACAGCAUGGAGCGCGAAGCCUACGCGCGCAUGUUCGGCCCCACGACCGGUGACCUGGUGCGAUUGGGCAUGACCAACCUCUGGGUCCGGGUCGAGAAAGACCAUACGAAUUACGGCGACGAAUGUAGCUUUGGCGGCGGUAAGAGCCUUCGCGAAGGGAUGGGCCAGGCGUCCGGUCGGUCCUACGCGGAGUGUCUGGACACGGUCAUCACGAACGCGCUCAUCAUUGAUUGGUCCGGCAUCUACAAGGCGGACAUCGGCAUUCGCGACGGUAUCAUCGUCGGCAUCGGCAAGGCGGGCAACCCCGACAUGAUGUCCGGCGUCGACCCCGGCAUGGUGGUUGGCUCCUCGACGGACGUGCUCGCGGGCGAGAACAAGAUCGUGACCUACGGCGGCUUCGACACCCACAUCCACUUCAUCUGCCCGCAGCAGGCCGAAGAGGCGCUCGCCUCGGGGGUCACCUCAUUCCUCGGCGGCGGCACAGGGCCGUCGACCGGCUCCAACGCGACCACCUGCACCCCGGGGCCCAUCCACAUGCGCCAGAUGAUCCAGGCCUGCGACAGCCUGCCGCUCAACAUCGGCAUCACCGGCAAAGGAAACGACUGCGGUGGCCAGAGCAUCGAGGAGCAGAUCGUCGCCGGCGCUGCGGGGCUGAAGCUGCACGAGGAUUGGGGCUCGACGCCAGCCGCGAUCGACACCUGCCUAGAAGUCUGCGACAGGUUCGACGUGCAAUGCAUGAUCCACACGGACACGCUCAACGAGUCCGGUUUCGUAGAGCAGACCAUCGAGUCCUUCAAGAACCGCACCAUCCACACCUACCACACAGAGGGCGCCGGCGGCGGCCACGCCCCAGACAUCAUCUCCGUCGUGGAGCACCCGAACGUACUCCCCAGCAGCACGAACCCCACCCGGCCCUUCACGAUGAACACCCUCGACGAGCACCUAGACAUGCUCAUGGUCUGCCACCACCUGUCGAAAAACAUCGCCGAGGACGUCGCCUUCGCCGAGAGCCGCAUCCGCGCGGAGACCAUCGCCGCCGAAGACGUGCUGCACGACCUAGGCGCAAUCAGCAUGAUGUCGUCCGACUCGCAGGCCAUGGGCCGCUGCGGCGAGGUCAUCCUGCGCACGUGGAACACGGCACACAAGAACAAGGAUCAGCGCGGCCCGCUCAAGGAAGACGAGGGCACGGGCGCGGACAACUUCCGCGUGAAGCGGUAUAUCAGCAAGUAUACGAUCAACCCGGCCAUCGCGCAGGGCAUGUCCCAUUUGAUUGGGAGUGUUGAGGUCGGCAAGCUGGCGGAUUUGGUGCUUUGGUAUCCUAGUUCUUUUGGAACCAAGCCGUUCCAAGUGUUGAAGAGCGGGAUGGUCGCUGCUUCUCAUAUGGGCGACCCCAACGGCUCCAUCCCCACCGUUCAGCCAAUAAUCAUGCGUCCCCAAUUCGCCACCCUCCUCCCCUCAACCUCAGUAAUGUGGGUCUCGCAAGCCUCCAUCGACAGCGGCACGGUGCAAAAAUACAACAUCAAGAAGCGCAUCGAAGCAGUCAAGAAUUGCCGCUCGGUCGGCAAAGCAGACAUGAAGCAUAACGACGCGAUGCCCAAGAUGAAGGUCGAUCCGGAGAGUUAUACCGUGGAGGCGGAUGGGAUGUUGUGCGAUGCGCAGCCGGCGACGGUGUUGCCGUUAACGCAGGAUUAUUUUGUCUAUUAAUUUCUCUUUCUCUUUCUUUUGAUUACGUUUUUGUGUUGCCUUGGGGGUAGAGAUGGAUACUUGUACAUGUUGUAUAGGGUGUUGGGUUGUUGUUUGAGUGGAUGAAGGGGAGGAGAAGGGGUAUGUGUGUGUGGAUUAGUCGGUUAGUUACGCUUUUGAUACCCUUCUCUCGGUAUUCAUUGCUGGGUUUAUAUAUUUCGUCUAUUCAAUUGUUUCUUCAACAUUCU